AUGCCGACAUGUAAGUGUGACGGCAAGACUGACCCGGAAGAUCAUAUAUCGGCUUAUGAGGGGCACAUGCUGCUAUACACGACACUGACUCAAGUAUGGUGUAAGGUGUUCCCCUCUACACUAACUGGACUAGGACAGACCUGGUUCAAGAGCAUACCACCGGCAACAGUCUUUGACUUCCGCCAGCUCACAUCAAUGUUCUUUACACACUUUGUUAGCGACAAGCGCAGGGAGAAAACUACCGGCAAGCUGAUGUCGGUCAAGCAAUGGGAGACAGAAAGUCUAAGGGACUAUGUAGGGAGUUUCAACGCAGAAUCUAUCACCAUCCCUACUCUGCAGGGGGAAGAAUUUGACAAAGCGUCGAAUACUAAAAGGACUGCAGCAGAGGAGAAAGAUAAGGAAAAAGACCGCAAGGACGAUAAAUACCGGAAAUACAAGAAGUCGGACACCUCCAACAGAAGGGAGGAAAGUAACUCUAUGAAGAAGGGCCACGAAGGUCGACCUGACAAAUACCACAAUUACACUCCUCUCACGACAUUCCGGGCUCAGAUAUACGAGUGGCAUAAAGAUGAUGAUAAGUGGCGGAGGCCUAGGAAAAUGUACUACAAGGGCCGGGAUAAAUCGAAGUGGUGUGAGUUUCACAGGGACUACGGUCACAUAACCGAAGACUGCAAAAACCUCAAGGGCGGGAUCGAAGACCUCAUUACAAGAGGCUACUUCACCCAGUACCAAGCGAGGGUCGACCGGAAAUCUCCAUCCAGAGAGGAUGAAAACGGUAACAGAAGGUCGGUGAAAGACAGGAUUACUGAAAUCCAUGUCAUAUUCGGAGGACCGACACGAGGUGGAAGCAUCCACGGUGGCAAAGCUAGGCUGAAAGAGUGA